AUGGUAAUCGUCGCGGCGAAUGUCACGAGCGCGAGUAAUAUCACCAGCAGCCCCGCUCCCCCUCCGCAGUUUCCACCUCCCCCGCCUUCCCCGCCUUCCCCCGACAAUGCGACGUCGCCCUCGACCAUCGCAUACGAAUCCGUCAUCUCCCUGCGACAGCUCAACAUCGCAGUCGUCGCCGUGCUCAUCCUGCUCGUCAUCCUCGUUUUAAUCCUCUCUUUUGUAAAGGCGCGUGCCACGUGGCAGCACCAGAGGGCCGCCACGCAGGAUCCCGACCCGCAGGCCCUGCAGCCAGUGGGGAACCGCGGGUUGCUUAUGGACGACCGGAAUAUGCGCUCCGGCGUGCCCGACCACAUAAUUAAGACGCUCGGGAAGUCUUUUGCAUACGUCGAGCCGGGGGAUGACCUUGAAGCUGGCGGGACCAGCGCCCUUGGCGGAGAUGGGGGAGGGGGAGCGGGGGAAGGCGGGGUGGGGGGAGGCGGAGUGGCGGAAGGCGGAGCUCUAGGGGCGAGCGGCAGAAGCAGCAGCAGAAGGUCGGCUGCGGCGGAAGCGACGGGCGGAGAGAGUGAGGGGAACGGCGCGGGGGGGAGAGCGGGGCGGGAGGAGGGGGACGAUGAGCGGGAGUGCAUUGUCUGUCUGGGGGAGUACAAGACUGGACUGCAUUGA